AUGAUCCCUGUGAAGUCUAGAGUAGCAAUUCCGUGGCUAUUAUGGGAGAUUUGGAAAGCGAGGAAUGAUUUGGUGUUUGCAGGUCGAAGUCAAGAUGCUCAUGUUCUGAUUGUUAAAGCUAUGGAGGAUGCAGAGGAGUGGUUUGAACAACAAAACCGAACAGUGUUAGUUUCGGGUUCUCGUCUUUCACAUCGGCUUAGUCCUAGUGAGAAAUGUUGGAGUAAACCACCCUUGGGGAAGUUGAAAUGUAAUAUUCAUUCUUCUUGGAUUAAUGCGGAGUAUUUCUGUGGUGGAGCUUGGCUAUUAAGGAAUCAUGAAGGAGAUAUCUUGUAUCAUGCAAGAGACGCCUUUCUUCCUCGGAUUAACCGGAUUGCAGCUGAGCUUCAUUGUCUUUACUGGUGUCUUAUGAGUCUUCAUGAUCUCCAUCAGGAUUCGUGUGAGAUUUGGCUUGAUUGUCAUGCUGCAGUUGACGCGUUAUCUGCUCCUUUAGCUUGGCCGAAGUAUCGAUCGCAAUUAGAUAAGAUUUUUCAGGUAUAA